UCAAUUUCACAACUUGACAAGGUUUCUGAGUAUUGCAUGCUUAGAGAAAGCCACCGGACGACAACACACAGACUCAGGUAUGCAGCACACUACCCAGAAACCUGUGUAGGAGGCUCAGAUGAGGUUAACCUUAGAUGAUGUCCCAAUAUCAAAAUUACAAUCUCAAGCCCAAAUUAUUCUAGCUCAGAAUGAAGUUGCAUCAGUAUGCAGCAGUGCUCUCUGCCUCAGUAGGCGUUCUGGUGUAUCUCAACAGUCUGGACUGUGGUCUGUGUUUUGAUGAUGAGAGAGCAGUUAUUCAAAACAACGAUAUCCGACCAACUGUUCCUUGGAGCAAUUUACUGUGGAAUGAUUUCUGGGGAGUUCCUAUGGCAAGUGGAGAUAGUCACAAGUCAUAUCGUCCUCUGUGUGUGGCCACGUUCCGACUCAACUAUCUGUUGGCCGAGUUGGAGCCCAUGGGCUAUCAUUUGGUCAACAUUCUCCUCCAUGGAGUCGUGUGUUACUUGUACGUUCACCUGGUCAGUCUAGUCUGCAGUCAAGUGUGGCCAGCACUGAUAGCAGGACUCCUCUUUGCAGUCCACCCCAUACACACUGAGGCUGUAACUGGGGUUGUAGGGAGAGCUGAUGUAUUAGCUGCCAUGUUCUACACUGCCUCUAUACUGGUCUACUAUAAAGCUGCUCAGUCAAAGAAUUCUACAGGCUACCAGUGGCUAGCACUGAGCCUAGUGCUGUGCACAUGCUCUGCUCUCAGUAAGGAGACUGGGAUCACUGCAAUUGCUGUGUGUCUGGCAAUGGACUACCUUUUGAUUCAGCAGCUAACCGUGAGUGAUGCCCUCAGGUUGCUCUCAUUGCCUAAAGAACUGAAGAGCCAUCACAAAGGGUUUCUGACCAGACUGUUUGUGCUGCUCAGUUACGUGGUGGGAUUCAUGUACAUCCGACUCAGGCUCAUGAAGGGUGGACCAUCCUUUGGAUAUCAGUUGAACCCGGCGGUGUACUUGCCCACCCCGUACAGACAGAUGCACUGGGCCUACCUCACCUCCUACCAUUGCUGGCUGUUGUUAGUCCCCUCUCAACUCAGCCCAGAGUACGCCAUGCACACCAUUCCUCUCAUCCAGAGCCUCGGAGAUCCUCGUAAUCUUGUAACACUGGUAACGUUCAUAGCCGUGUGUUUAUUAGUAAUCUUUGCCCUCUACCGACGAUGGGGGACAGUGUUGUUUGGUCUGAGUCUGCUGGUGUUCCCGUACGUGCCAGCCUCCAACCUGUUCUUCCCUGUUGGGUUUGUUGUAGCAGAGAGAGUACUCUACCUGCCCAGCAUGGGACUAUGUCUACUAGCAGCACACGGACUAUGGAAACUGCACACCUCCUCACAGAAAACCAUUAAAAUCAUAUCGUUAAUUGGACUCUCAUUACUGCUAUUGGCGCAAGCCUCAAAAACACUGCUAAGAAAUCGAGAUUGGAAGAAUGAGAUAACACUAUUUUCUGCAGCUAUUAAAACAUUCCCCACGAAUGCAAAGAUGGCCCACAAUCUUGCAGUGGAGUACAACCAAAAUCCUGAGCUGAACCAUCAAGCUAUUCCAUUGAUGCAGUUAGCGGUAUCAGUAGAGCCACUGUAUUUGUCUGCAGUCUCUGACCUCGGCUACCUCCACCAGCUGGGAGAGAACUUCACACACGCUGAAGAGUUGUACAGACAUGGCAUUGAGCUUGUGUAUGAAGCACUGGGUGGCAAUCAAACUAUUUCAGCUGACAUUAAGAACCUCAAAAUGUUCACCAGAUACUCUAGAUUAUUGCGAAGACUGAACAGAAUAUCUGCAGCUGAAGGCAUCCUCAGAAAGAUAGUGAGUAAGAUACCACCUGGAACACGCUACCCUAGUGUGUACACUGAGUUUGCCGAGGUGCUAGUUGAACUGGACAGCACACAAGAGGCUGUGUUAUAUAAUAACAAAGCUUUGGCUCAGGACCCACGUCACGUACAAGCUCAUAUCGUCAUGGCGAAGAUGAGCAUGAAACAACAAGGAUCCACACGGCAUGCUGAGAAGUUAUUAAGAGAGUUCAUUGAGAAGCUCGGAUACAAGAGCCAGUUGGUGUACGAACUAGCGUCUGUACUACAGGCUGGUUACCAUGACAAUGAGUACAAGCUAAAAGAAGCAGAAAAUCUACUAAAGAUGGUACUGGAGGUCCAACCCACUAACGUUGAUGCAAUGCACAGACUGGGAUUAGUGUAUUACUCUCUCAAACUAUAUCCAGCAGCCCACACUACGUUACUCAGAGCCGUCGAGAAAUCGCCCAAUCACGUUGCAGCGUUGUACGACCUUGCACGACUGUACGUUGAAGCUGGCGAUUGUGAUAAAGCCAACGAGCGAAUAAAACAGCUCCUUCAGUUGGACCCUGAUCACACACAGGCCAGCGUGAUGAGGGACAAGUGUGUAUAGUCUUAUUGUUAGGAAACAAUGCAAGUGUUGUAUUGGCUGUUUUGUUAUUCAAGUUCAUUUCAGUUUUAGUUUCAUUAUUCUCAUGCAGUAAUAUUACAGGUUCAUGUCAUAUGGGCAAUCAUGUAACAACCAUCA